GGGGGGGGGGGGGGGGCAACACCGACCGCGCAUCAGCCUCGCUCCUCCUGCUGGGCUUUGCUUUGGCGUUGCGGCAAAAAGCGAGCAAACCUGCAGCUGGCGGGCAUUAUCAGCAUAUGCAAAGCAACAAGAUCGAUCGAGAAUUUCAACUAGAAUACUAGAUUGGUCGAGAAGAACGAAGUGACCGACCGAGAAACAGCGCGCUCGGCGACUUGUCGUUGCUUCUUUAGUUUCCCGGAUCUGAAAGACUGGCGAAGCUUUGCGCUGAUGGUUGCCGUUGUUGGUUCCGGACGGAAUCCCCGGUGGUGGUGUCGUGGUGACGUCGCAACGAUUGGUCUGACUAAACCGUUCAAUCAAUCAAUCAGUCAAAGUUUGUCCUCAGCAAGACACUGUUAAUUUCUAAGUUAAAUAUGUCUGAAGGACACAUUGCUGCAUCAGCUCGGCUUCCAGGAAGUGUCAUAUGGAAAGGCCGUAUUAUGACCUGCUGGUCUGUACGUGGUCUUCGACGCUCAAUGGGAUUGUGGCGCGCUAGGUAGGGGUGUGCGUAUAGCUUCCCAGGCAAACCAGAUGGUCAUCAUCCCCAACUCUACGGCCGUGGCAGACAACCUCACGUUCACCAUCGGCCAGAUCACUUGGACCACCGUCUUCAACAGUUUCACCGCCACGACCAUAGAGGAGGCGCAAAUCUGAUCUGCGCCGAUCACUUCUUCACCAACGUCGGUUGGGGCUUCGACCACACUGGCUAUGGCUCUAACCACUCUAGUAACGUCUUCAACCACAACGACAACGUGUCACCCGCUUCCCCGCUACGAAGGAAGACAGAUCGACAACAUCGACUUGCCCGAGGUCAUCAACCAAGUCAACCACGAGCUUUCCGAGAGCAUCAAGUUAAAAUGGCUUACAUUUUUAAGGUUGCCCAGAAAGUGAAGACAGGCCUGAGAGGAAUCUCAACUUGUGUUAUUAGGGGGAAGUAUGAAGAUAUUACUUUUCCUCAACACAUGUUUGAGCCUAUCGUUGAAUAUGCAACUCGGUGCCCAUUGGUCUCAAAAGUACCUACUGGAAGGUUGUUUCAUGUAGCUUCUGAUAAACCAAAUCAGAUGGAAGAGCAUUGGCGAAGGCUAUUCUUCUCUGGAUUAGUUCACUCAGUCAACUGCAAGGCCAACUCUGAUUGUAUUUACAAGGCUUUUGACCUGGACAAUGUUGGAGUGCUGAGGGAUCUUAAUGUUCUUGCUUUUAGAAGGUUUGAGAGAAUGGAUGGCCUGAAAAACACAAACCAUGAAGAAUUCUGCUUGUUUGUUGAAAAUCUCUUCAGCCAGCUGUAUGGUCCAGACGCUCUGUAUGGUCCUGAAGCUCCAGGUCAACUAGACGAGUUAAAAAAAUAUCUGAGCUUGUUCCAAGAAGAGCAUCCUCCGGAUGAUGAUUUUCUCUUGCACAACCCCUUUUUUUUGGGGGAGAUGGACAUUGCCCAUUUCUAUGUGGACGCCCACCGGCUGAUUCGGCAUGAAUUUCCAGUGCGGAGGCAGGGACAUUCUUCGGACAGAAUCUUAUCAGAUAUGGAAAGUUGUUAUGGCAAUUUCAAGUGUAUUGAUGUUUGUGAGAAAAAUGCACUAUUGACUCAUCUUCUUGGUGCUCAUGCUGCGAAACCAAGAGCAACGUCGGUCAAGCUUUGCAAAUGGCCUCCAUGUGGUUCUGCGGUGGUCGACGUGCACCGACACGCAGCUACUCACUGCAUCGAGUGGAGCACGUUGGAUAAAGCCAGGGCAUCACCACUUUCUUUUGGUAUUUCAGAUCUGUUGAACCGAUACACGUGGCAGGAAGUGAUUCGGGGGAUGAGGUAUGAGUUCCCUCAUUAUCCCCAGGCUGUGGCACGAUCUUUCGAGAACAACAAGUUGUGGUACACACUGAGUAUGCAUAGGAGGCUCCCAGUUCCCAGCAUCUAUGGAUAUGUUGCACCCCGCGUUAGUAAAUAAGGCGUUUUCCUGUGAAUACAAUAUCUAUAAGUUAUCAGGACGGUUCAACAUCUAGUGAUUUAGAUGCUUAGCCCAUAUCUUUAAUACAUUGGUUACGCUGCUGUAAGCCUGUACCCUUAAGAGGAGGCUAAACUGAUAUACUGCUGUAAAGUAUAUGUCUUCCGGAAGUAGCAGGGGAUAAAAUCCCAGUGCGCCGGCUUGAGAAUAGCCUAUUUAUACUCUUCCACAAGCAAGAUCUUGAAUCAUGCCCGCGGGAUGAACAUCAGCUGGUUUCAUUUGUUGUUGACUUUUAAUUGUUGGGAGUCGUUUUGCGUUGCUAAA